UGUAAACUAAAGGCAGGGGACUCGGAUGACCCGCAGUGGAAACCUCUUACAGUUGCGUUUUGGAUUUUUUAGUACAUUGACAGAUGUUGCCCUUUGCGGGACAGAUUCGUAGAAAGGCAUAUUUAUUUUGAAAAGACUAUCUUAACUGCACUUUUCUGCUGGCAGCUCAUUGUAGCACGAGAUUAGUUAGCUAGCUACCUAGCUAGCUAGUGACUACUCGGGGUCCAUAGCAAACUAGCUAGCAAGCAUUCGCUCCUGCAUUGUUGAACGGUACUGAUAUUAACCACUCUGGGUUUUUUUUUUUUAAAUAUACAUUCGUUUGGAAUUCGUGAUGAUAAAGAUCACGAUACAAACCGCGGGACUUACUGUUUUACUGUGGAUGCUUGUCGGGGACUUUGUUUUUGGUUGGUUUAACAGCAACAUCAAAUCCAAGACGCAGCAGAACGAAUAUUCUAGCAGCAGUACGGCCACCGACAGUCAAGACCAAAGCUGCUUUUGUCAUUUGACAGGUGUGUUGGAUGACUGCUUCUGUGACAUUGAGAGCAUCGAUGUCUUCAACAACUUCAAGAUUUACCCGGGCAUCCAGAAGCUGACAGAGAGAGACUACUUCAGAUACUACAAAGUGAACCUGAAGCGGCCCUGUCCUUUCUGGCCAGACGACAGCCACUGCGCCAUCAAGGACUGCCAGGUGGAGCCCUGUCCAGAGAGCAAGAUUCCUGUUGGAAUUAAAGCUGGCAACUACAACAAAUAUUCCCAGGCAGCUAAUACUAUAUCAGACAUAGAGGAGUGUGAGCAGGCACAUGAACUCGGAGCGAUUAAUAGCACUUUGAGCAACCGGAGCAAAGAGGCUUUCGCAGACUGGGCCCGACAUGACGACGCUCAGGACCAUUUCUGCGAGCUGGACGACGAGACGUCCCCAGAUGCCGAGUACGUGGACCUGCUCCUUAACCCCGAGCGCUACACUGGGUACAAGGGGCCCUCUGCGUGGCGGGUGUGGAACAGCAUCUAUGAGGAGAACUGCUUCAAGCCCAGGUCCGUGUACCGGCCCCUGAACCCACUGGCUCCAAGCAAAGGAGAUGAUGACGGUGAAAGCUUUUACAACUGGCUGGAAGGGCUGUGUCUGGAGAAGAGAGUCUUCUACAGGCUGAUCUCCGGCCUGCACAGCAGCAUCAACAUCCACCUGUGCGCUCAGUACCUGCUGGACGAGGGCUGGGGCAAGACCCUGUGGGGGCCUAACGUGCGGGAGUUCCGGCACCGAUUCGACCCGGCCGAGACCAAGGGCGAGGGCACCCGGCGGCUGAAGAACCUGUACUUCCUCUACCUGAUCGAGCUGCGCGCCCUGUCCAAGGUGGCGCCGUAUUUCGAGCGCUCCUUCAUCAACCUGUACACGGGGAACGCCCGGGAGGAUGCCGCCACCAAGGACCUGCUGCUGCAGAUCUUCAACGAGACCAAAGCCUUCCCAAUGCAUUUUGACGAGAAGUCCAUGUUCGCUGGGAAGAAGAUCGAGGCCAAAACAUUAAAGGAGGAGUUCAGGCUCCACUUCAAGAACAUCUCGCGCAUCAUGGACUGCGUAGGCUGCAGCAAGUGCCGGCUGUGGGGGAAACUGCAGACCCAAGGCCUGGGCACGGCCCUGAAGAUCUUAUUUUCCGAGAAGGAAAUCAAGAACCUCCCAGAGAACAGCCCCUCCAAAGGCUUCCAGCUGACACGACAGGAGAUUGUGGCGCUUCUGAAUGGGUUUGGAAGACUUUCUACCAGCAUAAAAGAACUUCACAAUUUCCGGACUCUGCUGAAGGACCGCAGGUAACAAAUAUGGGCGGCCACCAGAUGGCUGCUGCCCAGAGGACACUGCAAUAGUCUUAUCCUCCCCAGAAUAAGGCCGCCACUUCAGGGACAACAGGAUUGACGCUUCCCCCCCCCACCCUCCACCCCCU